AGAAGCAGACCCAGCACUCCACUGUGUGCAUAUAUUUGUGUCCGGAAGACAUGUGUGUUCUGUUGUUUGGUAGAAGACAUGCCAGUGUAAUAGCAUUGGAUGAAUAAACCAUCAGGUUGUACAGGUGAACUGUGUCGGCAGAAGAUCAUCAGGCCCAAAAACACAAUGUCCUGAUGGAGAACAUCCGAUCACGGCUGAAGUUUGGGAAUAAGGAGGAAGAUGUGAAACUGCGGACACGAAAAUCUCAGCUUUACGCUAAAGAAGAGCAGCGUCUGUUUGAGCAUGGUGUCCUGGGACUCAGAGUGGCCCUGCUCACUGUGGCCUUCAGACUCAUCAACUGCUUCCUGGUUCAGACCAGCUUCGUCCCUGAUGAGUACUGGCAGUCUCUGGAGGUGUCCCAUCAUAUGGUCUUCAAUUAUGGGCAUCUGACCUGGGAGUGGAAGACAGGAAUAAGAGGGUUUUCUUAUCCACUUCUGUUUGCCAUUAUAUACAAGAUAUUGCAAUGCAUGAACUAUGACUCCAUUUAUCUACUGAUAUGGCUUCCACGAGUCAUUCAAGCGCUCCUGGCUGCGUUUGCAGAUGUAAAAUUCUUCUACCUCAUGCGAACUUUGGAAAAUCAUGAUAUUGCAAAAUGGACGUUCUUCUGUCAUCUGAGCUCCUGGUUCACCUGGUUUUGCUGCACCAGGACUCUGACCAACAGCAUGGAGACCACCAUCACCAGUCUGGCUCUCUUUUACUACCCCCUGCCAGGGUCCAAAACACAAAGCAGCUGCAGAUAUCUGACCCUGGUGGCGUUGGCGGUCAUCGUUCGGCCGACGGCUCUGAUUGUCUGGUUUCCUCUGAUUCUCUACCACUUCUGGCAGGAAGAUGAUAAACUGAGACUCAUCACUCAUCGCUACAUUCCUAUAGGGACUUUGGCUGUUGUGAUUUCAACGGUGAUUGACUGUAUAUUUUAUGGGAAGUGGACCAUGGUGCAGUUCAACUUCCUGAAGUUUAAUAUCAUCCAUGGUGUGGCUGAUUUCUACGGCUCUCACCCCUGGCACUGGUACUUCACCCAGGGCUUCAUGGUGGUCAUCGGCCCUCAUCUGCCUUUCUUCCUUCACGGUUGCACCCUCGCCUUAAAAAAAUACAUCCUGCUGGUGGCUAUUGUCUGGACAGUUGUAGUGUACAGCUUGCUCCCUCAUAAGGAGUUCAGAUUCAUUUAUCCCGUGCUGCCGUUCUGUAUGGUCUUCUGUGGCAUAUCUUUGGCCAGUUUGAAGGCCUGGCAACAAGCUGCUGCAUUCUUAUUGUUAGUAUCGAAUCUGUUUCCUGCCUUAUACACCGGCCUCGUUCACCAGCGAGGCACCCUCGACGUCAUGAACCACAUCCAGACACUAUGUGACGUCAACAGCUCCUCCAUUACAACACAACCAGACGUCCUCUUCCUCAUGCCCUGCCACUCAACGCCCUAUUACAGCCACAUCCAUUGCCCAAUAAAGAUGAGGUUUCUGGAGUGUCGUCCGGAUCUGGGACAGGAGGAUUAUGUCGAUGAAGCCGACAUAUUUUACCGCGACCCUCUUCUCUGGCUCAGGACUUUGUUUCCGUACAAGUCAUCUCUACCCACACACCUGCUUCUGUUUGAUGUUUUAGAACAGGAAAUCUCUGUGUUUCUACAAGGGAAUAAAUAUGUGAGAACAGCAGAGAUAUUUCACACUCAUUUUCCUGAGGGAAGAGUUGGAGGAAGCAUCUUUAUUUAUGAAAGGCACUGACAGAAGCUCAAACAACUCAAUGUUUGUUUCCAUAUGAAGAAUGUCACACAACAUGGAUUUGCUACUGAAAUAAAUAUUUUAACUUUAAA